AUGGGUAAACAAAGGAUUCAAUGGGUCGAUAAUAAUCUAAAGGGUCGCUUACCUUCUCGUAUUCAAAUGACAUUACCUCUACUUAUUUCUGAUAGCGAUCUUUUACCGAGACGUAGUACUGCCAAAAGAGCUCAGAACAAGUUUCUUAUUUAUCGCAAAGCUCUAUUAAACAAUCUUAUGAAACACAAAUAUACGGACUUCAAUCAGUGUAAAGCAGGUCAGCUUGCUAGCAAACAAUGGAGAAAUGAAAGUCCUGAAAUUAUCGCUGAAUGUACGAGACUCGCAAUUAGAGCAAAAGAACUUUUUGAACAAAACAAAAACAACUCUGUUCCAGACGUUUUGGUUGUAAAUCAAAAUACGGAUAACACCGACAAUUAUGUCCCUGACUACAUGCACAAUGAAUUUGAUAUUCAUGACUAUUUCUAUUUUGACUCUUUCGCUUAA